AUGUCUAUGACCCUCGAAGAAGCCCAAGUACCCCGCCAGCCCAAUCCUGCCCCCUCAGGUCCCGACAAUGUCCUCGAGCAGUUCAACCUCAAGGACCGCGUUGUUGUCGUUACCGGUGCCGCUGAAGGCAUCGGUGGUGCCGUUGUAGACUCAAUGGCCGAGGCUGGUGCGAACGUAGCACUGUGGUACCGCUCAAAUGAAAAGGCUAUUAAAAAGGCCGAAGAGCUGGCAAAGAAGCAUGGAAACAAGUUCAAAGCAUACCAGAUUGAAAUUUCAGAUCCAGAGAAGGUGAAAGAGUUGGUAGCCAAGGUUGUAGAGGACUUUGGAAGACUGGACGUUAUGGUCGCGAAUGCUGGUAUGGCUAUUUCCAAGCCUAUCUUGGAGACUAGCGUAGAGGAAUACAAGAAGCAGUUUGCUGUCAAUGUCGACGGUGUUUUCUACUGUGCCAAAUAUGCUGGUGAGCAAUUCAAGAAGCAGGGUAAGGGUAAUUUGAUCAUCACAUCGAGUAUCUCGGCGCAUAUUGUCAAUGUCCCAGUCGACCAACCAGUCUACAACUCCACAAAGGCGGCCAUUACCCACCUAGGCAAAUCGCUAGCCAGAGAAUGGCGCGAAUUUGCCCGUGUCAACAUCGUGUCACCUGGUUUCUUCAACACCAAGAUGGGAGCAGGAGAGAGCGUGAUCAACGAAGCCUACCGUAUGACUCCUAUGGGCAGACAAGGAGACGUCAGAGAGAUCAAGGCUCUGUACCUGUACCUUGCCAGCGAUGCUAGCAGUUACCAGACUGGCAGCGACACCGUCAUCGAUGGAGGCUACAUCCUACCUUAG